GCCUGCCCCGGCCUCGCCUCCGGCCGCUCCCUCCGCCUCCUCCCCGCCCCGAGCCCCAGUCCGCCCGUCCUUCCUUCCCCUCUCGUGCAUGAUGGAAACACCAUGGCUGCGGCGGCCCAGCUCUCCCUAACACAGUUAUCAAGUGGGAAUCCUACAUAUGAAAAAUACUAUAGACAGGUUGAUACAGCCAAUACUGGAAGGGUAUUAGCUUCUGAUGCUGCUGCUUUCCUGAAAAAAUCAGGGCUUCCAGACUUGAUACUUGGAAAGAUUUGGGAUUUAGCUGACACAGAUGGCAAAGGUUUCCUGAACAAACAAGAAUUCUUUGUUGCUUUGCGUCUUGUGGCAUGUGCCCAGAAUGGACUGGAUGUUUCACUGAGUAACUUGAACCUGGCUGUCCCUCCACCAAGAUUUCAUGAUACCAAUAGUCCCUUGCUAAUUAGUGGAACUUCUGCCUCCGAGCUCCCAUGGGCUGUAAAAUCUGAAGAUAAGGCCAAAUAUGACGCAAUUUUUGAUAGUUUAAGUCCAGUUAAUGGAUUUCUGUCUGGUGAUAAAGUGAAACCAGUGUUGCUCAACUCUAAGUUACCUGUGGAUAUUCUUGGAAGAGUUUGGGAGUUGAGUGAUAUUGAUCAUGAUGGAAUGCUUGACAGAGAUGAGUUUGCAGUUGCCAUGUUUUUGGUGUACUGUGCACUUGAGAAAGAACCUGUGCCAAUGUCCUUACCUCCAGCCUUGGUGCCACCUUCAAAGAGGAAAACGGUCAGUAUAUCAGGCUCUAUGCGGUUGAUCCCCACUUCAGCAGCAAAGGAAUCUUACCAUUCCUUACCACGUGUAGGCAUUUUACCUACCAAAGGACCGUUAAGACAGUGGGUUGUAUCACCUUCAGAAAAAGCUAAAUAUGAUGAAAUCUUCCUGAAAACUGAUAAAGAUAUGGAUGGAUUUGUUUCUGGAUUGGAAGCCCGUGAAAUCUUUCUGAAGACAGGUUUACCUUCUGCCUUACUAGCCCACAUUUGGGCAUUAUGUGACACAAAGAACUAUGGAAAGCUUUCAAAGGAUCAGUUUGCAUUGGCUUUUCACUUAAUCAAUCAGAAAUUAGUUAAGGGCAUUGAUCCUCCUCAUAUUCUUACUCCUGAGAUGAUUCCACCAUCAGACAGGGCCAAUUUACAAAAGAACAUAGGAUCAAGUCCCGUUGCAGAUUUCUCUGCUAUUAAGGAGCUAGAUACCCUUAACAAUGAACUAGUUGACCUACAAAGGGAAAAGAAUAAUGUGGAACAGGAUCUUAAGGAGAAAGAAGAUACUCUUAAACAGAGGACAAGCGAGGUUCAGGAUCUUCAAGAUGAAGUUCAAAGGGAGAGUACUAACCUGCAAAAUCUCCAGGCCCAGAAACAGCAAGUACAGGAACUCCUCGAUGGGCUGGAUGAGCAGAAAGCCCAGCUGGAGGAACAACUCCUGGAAGUCAGAAAGAAAUGCUCUGAGGAGGCCCAACUGAUCUCAUCCCUGAAAGCUGAAUUAACUAGUCAAGAAUCGCAGAUCUCCACUUAUGAAGAAGAGCUGGCCAAAGCUAGGGAAGAGCUGAGUCGCCUGCAGCAAGAAACAACAGAAUUGGAGGAGUGUGUGGAGUCAGGGAAGGCCCAGCUGGGACCUCUUCAGCAGCAACUGCAAGAUUCACAGCAAGAAAUUAGUUCAAUACAAAUGAAAUUGAUGGAAAUGAAAGAGCUGGAAAACCAUAAUAACCAAUUAAAUUGGUGCAGCAGCCCACACGGCAUUCUUGUAAAUGGCACCACGGAUUAUUGCAGCCUCAGUACCAGUAGCAGUGAAACAGCCAACCUGAAUGAACACGCUGAAGGCCCGAGCAACAUAGAGUCUGAGCCCAUACACCAGGAGUCUCCGGUAAGAAGUAGUCCUGAAACACUGCCUUGUGGUGUGACUGAUGAAAUCGAAGUGGUGACUGCAACUGUUAAUGAAAACGUUUGUCCUGAAUUUAACAGUGACAGCCAUUCAAAAGAGGAAGACCCAUUUACUGUAGAAUCGGGUUCCCUGACAGAUCCAGUUGCAGAUACAAACUUGGAUUUUUUCCAGUCUGAUCCUUUUGUUGGCAGUGAUCCUUUCAAGGAUGAUCCUUUUGGGAAAAUUGAUCCAUUUGGAGGUGAUCCUUUCAAAGGUUCAGAUCCAUUUGCAUCUGACAGUUUCUUCAAACAAUCUUCUACCGACCCCUUUGUCACUUCCGGUACUGACCCUUUCAGUGCAGCCAGCAAUAGCAGUAUUACAUCGGUAGAAACACUGAAACAUAACGAUCCUUUUGCUCCCGGUGGAACAGUUGUUGUUGCAGCCAGUGAUUCAGCCACAGACCCUUUUGCUUCUGUUUUUGGAAAUGAAUCAUUUGAAGAUGGAUUUGCUGACUUCAGCACAUUGUCAAAGGUAUCUGAAAUGGUUAGUGGGAAGGCUAACAAUGAAGAUCCUUUCAGUUCAGCCCCACUGAACUCUGCCAACAAUGUGGUCCUUACAAAAAACGUGCUGGAAGAAGCACCAGUCAAAAGUGAAGAUGUACCCCCAGCACUGCCACCGAAGAUUGGAACUCCAACAAGACCCUGCCCACCACCACCUGGGAAAAGACCCACCAACAAAUUGGAUUCUUCCGACCCCUUUAAACUGAAUGAUCCAUUUCAGCCUUUCCCAGGCAAUGAUAGCCCCAAAGAAAAAGAUCCUGAUAUGUUUUGCGAUCCGUUUACUACCACUACCACUACCAAUAAAGAGGCUGACCCAGGCAGUUUUGCUAACUUCAGUGCUUAUCCCUCUGAAGAAGAUAUGAUCGAAUGGGCCAAGAGGGAAAGUGAGCGAGAGGAAGAGCAGAGGCUUGCCCGACUGAAUCAGCAAGAGCAAGAAGACUUAGAACUGGCCAUUGCCCUGAGCAAAUCUGAGAUUUCGGAAGCAUGAGGAAUUCUCCUGUCCCUUGUCAUCCAUAAUGUACUCUUCUCCCUAAAUACUGAAGAUCUUUACAGUAUAUAUCAAAACUACCUAUGAGCAUAGGUUUGAGAUUCCUGUAACUGUGACAAAAGUGUACUUGUUUUUUUUAAAAUUCAUUUAAGACUUGUCUUCUCCCCAGAAAAGCAGCGACGCAGUCCGACAGCUUCACCCAGGUCCCGCUCUCGUGUGCAUUUACUGUGCGCUUUUGCCUGCCUCUGCUGCUCUCACUUGUAAAGCUAGAGCCCCCAAGCCUCUGCCUUCUAGAACGUAGAGAAAUAGUGUCACCCCUGUGCUACUCUUGUUUUGAAGUUACUCUGAUGAUAGCCAGUGGGGUUCUUAACAUUUGCAGUAUUCUCCUCUGAUUUUAAUGGGUGAGGGAGGGGAAGGGAAAGAACAUCCUGUUUCUUUUAUGAUAGUGCAGAUUGGCUAGUUUAAAGUGCAUGUUAGUGUUUCCAUAGAACCAGAAGACUGAUUAAUUUGUUUUCUAUAGACAAGGAAAAAUAUUUUGCAUAAAUUGACUCCACUAUUGAAAAGGGGAUGCUUUAGAUUGAACCGUUACAGCUUCAGACUCAAUUUCUUCCUAAAUAAAAACAUUAAAGCCUCAUGUGAAACAUUAACUUUUUUUUCUGAAUUUAAAGAAUUUUAGAUAGAAAGAUACCUCUCCAUACUUUUAAGUGCUAAACAGUGGAGAAAAUUUAUCAUCUAAAACGUACCCGUCAGUAUAAGGCAAGCAAAAAUGGUAACAUGGCAGUCAUUCUGCCGGGCUGUGGCACUGUCCUCUUUAGUUCAUGGCAGGUCUAUUUUUGUACUUUUGGAGAAGAAACGUUAGCAAGCUAGAACUGGAAGGUACUUUAAUUUUUUUGUACAUAUUUUUUUGUUUCCUUUAACGAAGGCUCAGUUACUUGAAAUGUAAAAACUUUCACUGAAUACGAAUGAAAAAAGUGGCAUGUAUUAAAUCAUAUUGCUCAUCUUUGUGGUUUAAAGCAGUUUGUUCUCUUCAUGUUUUUGACCAUGAAAAUGGUAGGCUAGCAAAGAAAGGAAAAGUCCUGUUAUUUUAAUUGGGAGAGAAGAGACCUGCCAAAUUAUAAAGUUCUUCAUGUGUGAAAAGCCCGUCUCUGGUGAAACUGACCUAGCAUACAAGGUGAAUUUGAACUAGACUGUGAAGUGGGCCAUACAACUUAAUUCUAAUUUUUUUCUCAACAUCAGUUACUGACUUAGGUAAUGUAUUGAAUACCUAUUCACCAAGAUAAAGAAAAAUGCAUCUAAAAAUGAAUUUAAAGUCUUUCUGGUUACCAAAUCCAAGUGAUAUUGAUCUGUGUUAAUCAGAGUAACAUUGCUUAGCCUAUGAAUAAAUUCUAAAAUACCCAAUUCAUUUCAUCUUGAAAUGGUGCUUUUUUUCCCCCCUCCACACACAAUUGGACUGCUGGAGUUUAAAACAAACUUAAACCACUUUCUUGCACUGCUUUUUUCUACUUUUGUAAAUUGAAACAGCAUAAAAGACGUACAUAUGAAGCAAGGGCUGAAUCAUGAUCACCAGGCUUUCGUUUUGAUAAACUAAUCCAGUGACUGAGGAUAUAUGCGAAAGUUGACUGAGAAGGCAGUAGUGGGAGUUGUGAUAGGUUGUAGUUUUGGGUGUUUUUCGUCCCCUUACACUUUAGGAAAAAGGUAAGUUGACUUGAACAACCUUCUUUUUGCACUGGGAAAAUGAACAGAUGUUUGAAAAAUAUUUUUCUUAAUUAAAAAAAACACUCUGAAAAAUAUUAACUAUCUGUAACUUAUAAACACCACCUUUUGAUGUAAUAAGUGUACCCUAAUCUUAUGUAUGUUUAACUGAAUUACAUAGAUUCUUAUCUUUUGUUAAAAUAUGUAUACUUAGUGGACCAUUAUUAUAUUAAACUAUGUAUAUAUUAUAUAAAUAUAAAUAUAUAUCUCUAUCUUUACACUCACCCUUGUAGGAUGAAUGUCUUAGGGUCAUUUUUGAUUCUGUUUUACACUGUUGACUCUGGCUCCACAGCCUGUGCUUCAAAAGGACAGAUAAGCAUCCUGAGAGCAAGUGGUACCACUUCCAAAGUGUUAACUAUCUUUACAGACGUGUUCAGGUUUCUCUCUCAAUAGAAUUUUCUCUAAUGUUUCAAACUUCUAAAUUGUAACCUGUAACUAUGAGAACAAUAAACUUUAAGUAAUAAUAAAACUA